AUGAAAUUUAUUUUCAUACUUUAUAUUUUAGGUAAAGACAAAAAUGCCAUUAGUAUUGCAAAACGGAAUAAGGUUUCAGGUUUAGUUCCUUUUGAAAAACUUUAUGUACAAACUAGACAUUUUGAAAUGUUCAUUUGGUUUGUGGAUAAGAAUGUGGCUAGUAUUGCGGUAUCUGGAAAUGGAUUAAUAAACAGUUACUUUGCGAUUGAUGACAUAAAAAGGCAUUUUGACAGUGAUGGCCGGGGUGCUCACCAACAAGUUGUGGAGAUAAAGCGGAUAAAUCCAACAUGGAUAUGUAAAUCUUGCAAUGGGAAUUCAUCAAAUAACUCAAUUGGUUGCAAUAGAUGCUUAAAGUGGUUUCAAGUGUGUCAAUGUUAA